UUGGGGCCCAGAGCGCCGGCCGAGCGAGGCUCAGUCUGCGAGCCGGAGCGGCCCGAGCCCGGGCGCCGCGUCCCCCGCGCCUCUGCUCCCGCCGGGCCCCGCGCCCCGGCCGCCCGGGCCCCUGCGCUCUGCGGGGAGACGCGGACUCCGCGCGUCGCCAUUGCUGGACCGGGCUCCGCUCCCCGUGCUUUUUCCAGAGAGAGAGCAGCGGCGCCGGGACCGACCCGCGCCGGGAGCGGGGCGUUUGCGAGCGCCUCCCGGGGGGCUCCGGCCCCGCGCCCCGCGGCUCUGGGCGCGCUCUGUUGGACUCGGGCCGGGGGACGGCCGGAGGGGGGGGGGGGUCGGCGGAGAUGAGAGCCCGGCCUCGGGCCGUCUUCGUCUUCCAGAAAGGAGGCUCCGAUGAGCCCCUGCUGACUCGGAGAGAGAAAGAGAGACCACGCUGAUCGCUGGGAGGAACUGGAAGAAGAAGGAAAAGAGAAAAAAGAAAAAGAAAAAAAAAAAAACUCCCAAACUCAGCGAGAAGGACUGGCUCGCCAUGAGCAGUGCCGUGCUGGUGCCUCGCCUGCCCGACCCCAGCAGCAGCUUCCGAGAGGAUGCGCCCCGGCCCCCGGUGCCGGGGGAGGAAGGGGACGCCCCGCCCUGCCCGCUGGCCGCGGGGAAGGGCCCGGCCGCCAAGCCCAUGCCCGUCUCCCCCACCGCCCGGCGCAACGAGGACGGGCUGGGGGAGCCGGAGGGGCGGGCGUCCCCGGACUCCCCGCUGACCCGCUGGACCAAGUCCUUGCACUGCUUGCUGGGCGACCAGGACGGCGCCUACCUCUUCCGGACCUUCCUGGAGCGGGAGAAAUGCGUGGACGCCCUGGACUUCUGGUUCGCCUGCAACGGCUUCAGGCAGAUGGACCUGAAGGAUUCCAAAACGCUGCGCGUCGCCAAGGCCAUCUACAAGCGGUAUGUCGAGAACAACAGCGUCGUGGCCAAGCAGCUGAGGCCCGCCACCAAGACUUACAUCAGAGAUGGCAUCAAGAAGCAGCAGAUUGACUCCAUCAUGUUCGACCAGGCGCAGACCGAGAUCCAGGCGGUGAUGGAGGAAAAUGCCUACCAGAUGUUCCUGACUUCGGAUAUAUACCUCGAAUACGUGCGGAGCGGGGGAGAGACCACGGCGUACAUGGGCCACGGGGGCCUGGGGAGCCUCAAGGUCGUGUGCGGCUAUCUCCCCACCUUGAAUGAGGAGGAGGAGUGGACUUGCGCCGACUUCAAGUGCAAACUUUCGCCCACGGUGGUUGGCUUGUCCAGCAAGACCCUGAGGGCCACCGCUGGCGUGCGGUCCACGGAGACCGUCGAGAAUGGAUACAGGUCCUUCAAGAGGAGCGAUCCCGUCAACCCGUAUCACGUAGGUUCCGGCUACGUCUUCGCGCCAGCCACCAGCGCCAACGACAGCGAGAUAUCCAGCGACGCCCUGACUGACGACUCCAUGUCCAUGACGGACAGUAGCGUAGAUGGAAUCCCUCCUUACCGCGUGGGCAGUAAGAAACAGCUCCAGAGAGAAAUGCAUCGCAGCGUGAAGGCCAAUGGCCAAGUGUCUCUACCUCAUUUCCCGAGAACCCACCGCCUGCCCAAGGAGAUGACCCCCGUGGACCCCGCCGCCUUCGCGGCCGAGCUGAUCUCCCGGCUGGAGAAGCUGCAGCUGGAGCUGGCGAGCCGGCACAGCCUGGAGGAGCGGCUGCAGCAGAUGCGCGAGGACGAGGAGAAGGAGGGUCCCGAGCUGGUGCUGGGCCUGCGGGAUGGGGCGCCCCCCCAGCACCCCCUCUCCCUCCUGCCCUCCGGCAGCUACGAGGAGGACCCGCAGACCAUCCUGGACGACCACCUGUCCCGGGUCCUCAAGACCCCCGGCUGCCAGUCCCCCGGCGUGGGCCGCUCCAGUCCCCGCGCCCGCGCCCGCUCCCCCGACCACCACCACCACCACCACCACCAGCCGCCGUACCACCCCCUGCUGCCCCCCGGGGCCAAGCUGCCCCCCGCCGCCGCCGCCUCGCCCGCCGGCUGCCUCCUCCUCGGGGCCAAGGGCUUCGUGACCAAGCAGACCACGAAGCACGUCCACCACCACUACAUCCACCACCACGCCGUCCCCAAGACCAAGGAGGAGAUGGAGGCCGAGGCCGCCCACAGGGUGCGCUGCUUCUGCCCCGGGGGCCCCGAGUACUACGGCUACCCCAAGGGCAGGGGCCACCCCAAGGCGCUGGAGCCCGGGCCCGCCGAGCACUGCGGCGCCCAGAGCACAAAGAAGGCGUCCCCUGCGGAGCCCGUCCGGGGGCCCCCCGCCGCCGAGCGCCCCGGCCGGCACCACCUGUGGGGGGGCGGGGGCGGCGGCGGGCACUCCCGAGCCGCCGCCCGCGCCCACCUGUUCGCCCAGGACCCCGCCAUGCCGCCCCUGACGCCUCCCAACACGCUGGCGCAGCUGGAGGAGGCCUGCCGCCGGCUGGCCGAGGUGUCCAAGCCCCCGAAGCAGCGGUGCUGCGUGGCCAGCCAGCAGAGGGACAGGAGCCACGUGGCCACGGGCCAGACGGGAGCCACGCCUUUCUCCGCCCCAGGCCUGGCUGCAGAAGAUCACAAAGAGCCAAAGAAGCCGGCGGGGGUCCUCGCGCUCCAGGCCAGCGAGCUGGUCCUCACGUACUUCUUCUGUGGGGAAGAAAUCCCGUACAGGAGGAUGCUGAAGGCGCAGAGCCUGACCCUGGGCCACUUUAAAGAGCAGCUCAGCAAAAAGGGGAACUAUAGGUAUUACUUCAAAAAGGCCAGCGACGAGUUUGCGUGCGGCGCGGUGUUCGAGGAGGUCUGGGACGACGAGACGGUGCUGCCCAUGUACGAGGGCCGGAUCCUGGGCAAGGUGGAGCGGAUCGACUGAGCCGGCGGGGCAGCCCCGCAGCCUGGGACGCGAGCCACCGCCGAGCAUCACAAAGGAGGAAUUAACAAGAAAAGAAAAGGGAAAAAAAAUAAGCAAUGAAGACAAAGUCUAGGGAAGCGUUGGCCACCGGGCCUUGGGAGGGCGGGGGGAGGGUGGCUUUUCGUCCUUCACGCGCUGGGUACCGAGCUACGAGAAGCCCGAACUAUUUAUUGAAACCAUGACCACUCCUGGCCGUCGAAGAUGCCCGCGGCGUCUGAGAGACGGCCGUCCGUCACCUAUGACUUCCUAGGGACCCGAGACCCAUGAACUGAGGGACUGUGUACAGCUCCCCCGAACCGGAACCCUUACCGAUAUUUAUUGAACACGUGACUGUCCCUGGCCCCGGUUUACGGAAAUGCUGCUGACGCCACGGGAGGGGGCGGCGGGUUCUGAGCGCAGGGCGCAGGCGCGUUUUCUCCGAGUGAAGGUAGCUGUGUCUAGGGGUGCCCUGCCACUGGCGGACAUGCAGAAAUCGGUGCAUUUUUUUUUUUUUUUUUUCUGUGCUGCUGUAUGUUGUCAAAAAGGGUCUUGAGGUUUGACUUGACGUUGCCACAUCACCACCACUUGGGGUCGCCUUGUUGUGGAUGUUCGUUGCUGAGCACAGCUGUUUCUUUCUCCCCCUUUUUUAUUGGGGGGAGGGGGGAGGGGGGCUGGGAAGGGCAAAGCAGGCCUCCUGGGGGCCCCCCCAAGUCAACCCACAACACCCCGUAGCUCCCCACCAAGGCCCAGCGCUCAGUGCCCGAGGCCCGUGAGAACCCCGAGGUUCAACGUGCAUUCAUUGGAGUCGAUCCUUCUAGUACCCUCCCCUGUGCCCCCUCCCCCCCCCUUUUUUUUUUACUCUGGGCCACAGCCAUUCUGGAAAGCACCUCCCCCCGCCCCCGCCCCGCACAGGAGCGAAAAGCUAUGGGAAGACCUAGCAGCACCUUCGUCUGCCGCCCCCCCCCCCGGGCUUUUGUAUUAAGUUAAUCUGUGCAUUCUGUCUGCCCGUUGCCUGUACUAUACGUCUGUAUAUACCGUCCGGCGAAGGAGUAUUAAUAAUCCACUAUCUCUAGUGCUUGACUCGGAAUCAGUACAGUACCUGUACCUGCACGGUGUCCCCAUCCGUGUGUCGCCCUAUAUUGAGGGCUCGAGCUUUCCCUUGUUUUUUGAAAGGGGUUUAUGUAUAAAUAAUAUUUUAUGCCUUUUUAUUACAAGUCUUGUACUCCAAUGACUUUUUUGCCAUGGCAUUUUUGUUCUACUUAUACUGUAAAUUAUGCAUUAUAAAAGAGUUCAUUUAAGGAGAAUUACUUGGUACAAUAAUUAUUGUAAUUAAAAGAGAUGUAGCCUUUAUUAAAGUUCUAUAUUUUUCAAAAAAAA